AUGGCAACUGCUCCACGGCGCCUUCUCCUGCUUCUGGUCGCCGUUGUCAUGUCCUCCUCCUGCGUCGGCGUCGCUGUAGCAGAGGGGCAGACGUACUGGCCGUUCAAUCCUUACUGCUCGACCACGGGCAACUACAGCGGGGAUAGCCAGUACCGGCUAAAUCUUCUGGGCCUCGUGACCGGCCUCCCGGCGCGUGCCCUCAACAACAGUUUCUACUACGACGGCACGGCCGGCAAAUCGCCGGACGAGGUGUUCAGCCUCAUGGCGUGCUACGCCGACCGCAGCUGGAACCAGUGCCGCGACUGCCUCUCCGCCGCGGCCAACGGGAUACAGCAGUCGUGCCCGUUCGGCCGGCAGAUGAAGGGCGCCUACGACGCGUGCCUUCUCCGCUACUCCAACGAGUCCUUCGUCUCCGUCGCCGACCUCACCGUCGCCUUCUACUCGUGGGACUACGCCAAGAGGGACUAUCCGGCCAGCAUGAGCGACACGAGGUGGCAUCUGCUCACCCGGCUAGCGGCGGAGGCCGCGCGUUCGCCGCUGCGGCUCGCCAACGGGAGCGUGCCAUACGCGGUCACCUCGCAGUCGCCGACGACGACCAUGCACGGUAUGGUGCAGUGCACGAGGGACCUGAACGCGAGCGAGUGCAUCAGGUGCCUUACCGCAUUCGUGUCAAACCUCUCGUCUGUGUUCUCUCGCAACACCGGUGGUUUGAUAAAGGGCUACAGCUGCUACGCCAUAUACAACAUCGGCGACGGCGACUUCCUCCGUGUCACUCUUCCACCGCCAUCCAAUAUCUCACCAGGUGCACAGCCACCGCCGUCCAAUAUCUCACCAGGUGCACAGCCACCGCCGUCCAAUAUCUCACCAGGUGCACAGCCACCGCCGUCCAAUCUCCGACCAGGAGCAGGAGAUACUCCGCCAUUUGCUGCUGACCAGACUAGCAGCAGGACGCCGCUGGUGGCCGUGGUGUCUGCCGGUGUGGUCGUCGUGUUCUUCAUCUCAUCGAGUAUCUUGGUUUGUUUCCUUUUGCGCUGUCGUAGGCGAAAUCGCAUGGCGAGACAAGUAGAUACUUUUGACGACGAUCCAUUGGGAGAUGAGUUCGAGAGAGGGGCCGGGCCCAAGCGGUUUCGCUAUAGUGAUCUUGCCAUCGCCACCAGCAACUUCUCGGACGAGAAGAAGCUCGGUGAAGGUGGCUUCGGCUCUGUGUACAAAGGAUUCUUGAAGGAGCUUAAAAUUGAGGUGGCUAUAAAAAGAGUGUCCAAGACCUCCAAGCAGGGGAGGAAGGAGUACAUCUCAGAGGUGAAGAUCAUAAGCCGGCUGAGACAUCGAAACCUCGUACAGCUCAUUGGCUGGUGCCAUGGCGGGGGCGAGCUCUUGCUUGUCUACGAUCUCAUGCCCCACGGCAGCCUGGACACUCACCUUUACAGUUCAAACGCCACAUUAUCGUGGCCACUCAGGUAUGAGAUCGUGCUGGGGUUAGGGUCGGCGCUUCUGUACCUGCAUCAAGAUUGGGAGCAAUGUGUUCUGCACCGUGACAUCAAGCCAAGCAACAUCAUGUUAGACGCGUCCUUCUGUGCCAAACUAGGAGAUUUUGGGCUCGCGCGGCUUGUCGACCACGGCCGAGGACCAUACACAACGGGUCUUGCAGGAACAAUGGGCUACAUGGACCCUGAGUGCGUGGUCACCGGAAGGACCAGCGCCGAGUCUGAUGUCUACAGCUUCGGCGUCGUCAUGCUCGAGAUCGCAUGCGGCAAGCGGCCCGCGGUUUCUCGUGGACGAGAGGAUGUCAUCCAUCUAGUGCAAUGGGUCUGGGAUUCAUGGGAAAACGGAAGGACCCUUGACGCGGCCGAUGCGCAGCUCAACCUGGAGUUCGACCACCGGGAGAUGGAGUGCGUGAUGGUGGUCGGGCUCUGGUGCGCGCACCCUGACCGGAGCCUGAGGCCGUCCAUCAAACAAGCGGUCAGCGUGCUACGAUUUGAGGCGCCUCUCCCAAGCCUUCCGGCGAAGAUGCCCGUCGCGACAUUCACGACGGCAAUUGAUUCUUCAUUAGUUUCUGCAUCUCAGCUUUCAGCCGGGAGAUAACAGAUUAUGCAUCAUUGUUUGGAAAGAGUAAAACGUGUGACGAGAUCAACGAAACACAAGAGACACGGAUUUUUACGUGGAAAUCCUUGCGUGAGAAAAAUCACGGACGCACGAAGGCGCAAUCACUAUAAGGAUAGAGUAUUACAAGCACGAGACGACAAACCGUCUUUAUGUGCGACUAUAUAGAGUAUAUAUGAGGAGCAAUACAGAAGAUUUUUAAAGGACAAGUAAACAAGUUGUACUUGUACGCGUCGGUACCAACGCAAAAGCCCACACUGCUUGUACCCAAUACGGUAGA